UACAGCUUCGGAUCAUCAUCAUCACUCAAACAGAAGAGAGAGAGACAGAAAGUGAUAAACGGAGUUUAGAGAGAGAGUGAGAGUGAGUGACUUACAGAGCUCAGCUCUAGGAACUAUGCAAUCCGAUAAGGACUUGUGCUGCUAACACACAGAGAGUGAGUGGUCUCCUCCUCUGCGCCUGCUGUGACCGCUCUUUAGUUCCCAAGAAACUGUUCGUCAUUUUGAGCUCAAUUUUGGGUUCUUCUGAUUCUCAUCUCUGCCUUCUAGCUGUUCAAGCAAGGGGAGAGUUUGAAUCUUUUCAAAAAUUGCUAGGUGAAAAACUUUGGCAUAUUGAGUAUUGGGGGUCAAAUUUUCUUGUGAAAGAUUUUGGAGAGGAAUUUGAAGUAAAUGCAUGGAUCGAGGGGACCAUAUGGCGUUAUCUGGGUCUGCGUCUUACUAUAUGCAGAGAGGGCUUGCUGGUGCUGGGGCACAACCUGAGUUACAUGGUUCCCCGGGCAUUCGUCCUCUGUCCAAUCCCAAUCUGCCAUUUCAACCUGGCAUUGGAGGUGGCGCCGCCAUUGGAUCCACGUUACCUGUAGAAUCUUCAGCAAUUUCACCUCAUGGUGUCAAUGUGGGUGCUCCUCCUGGUGCACCGCCGGGAGAACCUGUCAAAAGGAAGAGAGGAAGGCCUAGGAAAUAUGGUCCGGAUGGAAGUGUAUCAUUGGCCUUGACUCCAUCUUCUGGUCAUCUCAGUGGAGCAUUGACGCAAAGCCAGAAGCGAGGUAGAGGCCGUCCUCCGGGAUCUGGAAAGAAACAGCAGUUGGCCUCUCUUGGUGAAUUGAUGUCUGGUUCAGCGGGGAUGGGCUUUACUCCUCAUAUCAUCACCAUUGCAGUUGGAGAAGACAUUGCAACAAAAAUAAUGGCAUUUUCUCAGCAAGGACCUAGAGCCGUAUGCAUUUUGUCGGCAAACGGUGCUGUCUCUAAUGUGACGCUUCGACAGCCUUCAAGUUCAGGUGGCACGGUCACAUACGAGGGGCGUUUUGAGAUAUUGUGCCUAUCGGGCUCUUAUUUGCUCACUGAAAGUGGUGGCUCUCGCAAUCGAACUGGUAGUCUUAGUGUUUCGCUAGCCAGUCCUGAUGGCCGUGUCAUUGGUGGUGGGGUUGGUGGAUUGUUGAUUGCAGCAAGUCCUGUUCAGGUGAUAGUUGGGAGCUUCAUAUGGGGUGGAUCAAAGACAAAGAGCAAGAAAAAGGAGGUUGCACAAGAAGCAGAAGUAGCCAUGGAAUCAGAUCAUCAUCAUCAUCAGCAGCAGCAGCAGCAAGCGGUUCAUAAUCCACCUGCAUUGAACAGCAUUUCACCUAAUCAAAAUCUCACCCAAGCUUCAUCUAUGAGUUCCUGGCCUCCUGCUUCUCGUCAAUUGGACAUGCGUAAUUCCCAUGUUGACAUUGAUUUAAUGCGUGGGUGAUAUGUCAUAUAAUGAUAUACACUACUGUGCCGCAGUGUACAUAUGUUUCAGAAGGAAUUCUUGAUCACUCAUCUAAUCUUGUUGUGGUAGUAACAACAGAACGGUAAGAAUCAACAGAGGAGUAGAAGCAAGCUGACUCGCGGAACUGAUAAGUGUUUCACUUUUCCACCUCAUGAUUGUUGCACUCAUAUUCUUGUAGCUUUGAGGAAUUUACGAUUUGAAGAUCUCAAGUUCCAUGACAUUGUAUUUAUUUUUCUUCCUUGACAAGCUGGAGACUUGGCUAAAUGAUCAUUUUCUUUCCCUCCCUUUGCGUGA